GAAACAGUAAUCACAGCACCAACAAGACGAACUAUCGAGUGUGUAGCCUUUUUCUACCACGAAAGUGCCAAAGGCGAUAACUUCAUUCAAAACAAUAAGUUUCGAUGCUGCGUCGAUUCCAGUCAGUGGGGAAGUGUGGUGAAACUACGCGAGCACGUUCGGUAAGUUUUAUAUUUGGUUUAUACACGAAGUGAUAUAAAUUAUGUUCUUGGAAGCUAUUUCAGCUAGUUUGCUUGUCUUGAUCGUUAACUUAAUAGACCUUUUCACGGUUGCUGUCGCCAUCUUGGUUGAGGGCAAACACGGCAAAUUUACAAUAACUGUAUGGUAAAAGUCGGGAGUUUGAUGCUCUAUAAUUUGAGGAUCUUUGAGGAAAGUUGACUUUCUGAAAUUUCUAUGAUUUACCAACUAAAGAUACUAGUAAAACAGUUAACCAAUUAAGUUUGAAGGGCAUCGGUUCGCUGAGAAGCGAGAAGUCUUACUUUUAGUUUUCAUACAAAUGCUUCUACGUUUUCCCGCUAACGGCAGCUCCAUUUUACUGACAAAUAUCUUCUUGAAAAUCGUCAAGUUAGUUGUUUUGCCGAUUUAAUGUUCUAGUUCUUUUGCUGGGCUGCACGUAACUGCAAAAGAGCUGGGGCUAGGAGAAAGCAUCGCUAUAAAGUUGAACAGAGGCUCCCGAGUAUCUGGCCGUCAAGAGCGAUAUCAGAUAGAGACUGACAGGCAGUUAGAAUUAGAGAUGCCAUCGAUUUUAAAUGGCGUGGACAAGUUGAUGGGUAAGCAUGUGUAACCGUGCUCAUUAAGACGAUUUUAGAGCCAUACCCUUUAAAAGCUUCAAACUAACUGUAAAAUUUUUUCUAUUAAUAGUCAUGGUGUAUCCAGUAAAAUUAGUGUUCUCCACGAAAACACCAAUUAUUAGAAUUACCACAAAAGACGGUGACAGGUCCUACAGGAACACUUCCGGUAACACAAAUCCUAAAGCGUCGUCCAGCGCAGCUACGCUACCGAUGUCAAAGACCUUGUCUGACGAUGAGCUUGGAAAGCUUAACAUCGGUACGUUUAAGUUUCAAAUUAUUGCUGUGGAGUGAGAGCAGGGAGCGAGCAGUAGUUAUAAUCAGAGUUUAAUGUAAAUCUAUGUAGAAUCUAGAUUUGGACCACACUAUUUUUUAAAGUAUAGUUGUGGGAAAAUAAAGUGUAGGCAGCAAGAAAUUUAUCUUUUAUUGAUAGCACGGUUUUAUAUUAUACAGAUCUUCAAAAGCUUGAUGGAAGCAGUGUUGUUUUGUCGUCCACAAAAACUAUUGCUAAGUACAAAGGCCAAUUAGUGACAUGGCCGUUUCACAUCAAAUGCGGGUUAUGUGGAGUUGAAAGACAGGUGGACAUUGAUCGUAAGCACAGUGGAAUCAUUUCGAAAUUUAAGUUGGGUAGGUUAUUUUAUAUACAUCAACGACAACAACAAUUAAGUUGAUAUUUCCACAAUGUAUACAUAUUAUUACCUAAAGGAAAAGUACAAAAUAGGCACCGCACAGGCCCAUGUGACUAUUGCUUCCGAUUUCUUUUGAGGGGGGGGGGGGGGGGGGGCUGUGCACAGACUAUUUAGAAGGUGAAAAAAUACAAUGUAUAAUUUCCCACUAUUCAUCAGAAUUUUUGGGGGUUGUCCCUCUCCCCCUCUGAAGCCUACGACCACAAGAUAUACGCUUGUUGCGCUCAAACCAUAUUCUGUUGUUACUUACUUACUUUCGGAAACUUCAGACGAUGGCAAUAGUGACUUCUGCGCAAGCGCAGUUGUCAAAAAAAACGUAAAAGAAAAAUUACACAACGAUGCAAAUUUUAGGUGAUUAAAUGUUUAGAUGUCUAUCUAAGUUGCAUAACAGCAUAUAUUCUUUUCUCCAGUUUUCCAGAAGGAAAGAAAUUUUCAAAAAAAAAAAAAACGCAAAUAAACCUAACUUACCCGGUGUAAGUCAAAACGUAAUUCAACACAACUGGUGUUUGGAUUAGCUCGUCGUGUAGUCCAUGUAGCUCAUGCCGGUACUUUGAACUCUUACAUAAUUGACUCCUAUCGGCCAUAAAUAGAGCCUAACACCGAGCUUUGCUUCUUUUCUUUUUUUAGCACAUUACAGCCGCUGCAAGGAGAGCUCUGCAAAAACUAAAAAGUCUACUCAGUCUAAAUUAAGCUUUACCAACAAGAGAAAGGCUCCUACGAGUGAUCCUAUGACGUCAGAAGGAGAGGUGGUUUGCCUUACAGAUCAACAACCAUGAAAAAAGGCUAAGUCCUCGCAAGACUCGGACGUCGACAGCUCUGACCUGGAGUAA